AUGCUUAAAGAAGGCCCAAAUUUAUCAUCAUCUAGCACAACCAGAUCAAUGGCUAGGAAGAGGACCUUAGACUCCAAUUGUAAUUUUCGAGACGAGGCUCACUUUGAGGUCACCAAUACUCAAGGAGAAGACACUGUUUUUCAGACAUCUGCAAGAAGAAAGAUGACCAGAAAAUCAAAGUAUAAACUGAUUAGGAAUAGAAAAGAUUGCAGAAGAAUGAUUGGGAAAGACAAUUUGCCAUUCUUUGAUAUUGCCUCAAGAGAUGAAAGACGCCAAGUUAUGGAGAAGUUUAAAAAUUUUAAGACCAAGAGACAAGAGCCACCUUCUCUUAGCACAGAACUUAACGACUACCUCAACAAGAUCAAGCCUAUUGAGGAGAAGAAAUCCACUGAAGAGGUUGGGUUUACUAUUGAAAAUGAGUUUUGGAAAGGAUUAGGCUACAAGAAGAUUUUCACUCCGUCUACCUCUUAUGUGAAGUACUACAGAAAUAAUCCUAAUUACAGUGCAAGCAGGGACUUUGGAAUAAUUUUAUACUCUGACUUCAGAGAUGUCUAUUGUGUCACUUGUACUGAAAAGCUUAAAAUUGAUCUUUAUGCAGAAAUACCUAUUCCAAACGAUCUUAAAGAAAUCUGUAAGAGAAAGUAUUGCAAACAAAAAUCAGCAGAGGGCAUACCUAGUGCAAGUAGUGCUAAUUUUGAUGUGGACUAUGAGAACAUGAAUCGAUUCAUUACUGAUUUCUGUCAAAAUGCUACCUCUAAAUAAUGAAAUUUAUCGAGUAGCAGACAAGUAUUAUUCUCUCAAGAAGGCUCAAAAUAAAGAUAAGGAUAACCCUGAAGAGGGUAAACUUGAUGAAUUUAUUCCACUUGAUGCUUCAUCAUCAUCAAAAUCAUUAGAAAGUGGAGUUUCCAAGGCAAGUAGAAAUAAAAGAAAACCCAAGACCCAAUCAAGAUCUAGGUCAAAGAAAAGAGGCUCUAAGAGAACACAAAUCGAGGAGAUUAAGGGAGCUGAAAAGAAUUUCAAAACUCUUGAAGUGGCAUUUAAAAAGCAAUUUUCCACACGAACUACUCUUGAAGAGGAACUAAACAUUCUAGAAUUCACUUGGAAAGAAAAAUAUACCUUCCAGUUUUAUGUAAUCUGCUUACAAGUGAUUGACUUCCUAGAUGAUCCUCUCUGUUGAAGAAAGCCAGCUCCCUUCUUUCAUGAGCCAUGAGCUCUCAGCACUGAGAAGAAGAAACGCGAUAGAUUUUGUGUGUUCUGUCCAUUAACUCAAUACGAGAACAAGGCUCAGAGAAAUCUAAGAACUCCUAGGAAAGAAUUUGAUACGCAGAAGAAUUUUAUUAAGUUCUUGGCCCAAAAGAGGUUCCUUGAAUCAAAGUACAACCUUGCUAUAAAGCAUCUCCAGAGAGGAAUGUAUGAGCUCAAGAAGUUUAAAAACGAGGAAGGAUAUGUCUUCCAGCAGAUAAUCCAUCACAACUUCAAGCACAGGAAUGUCCUUGAUAAUUCUUGGUUGGUACUUGAGGAAGAAGAGAUCUCUGACUUAAAAGUUAACGAGAAUAUGAACUCCUCUCUUUUUGAAGCCCGUAAUAACCUUAUUGACUCCUUCAUGGCUGAGAAUGGUAUUAAGAAAAGACAUAGAGAUUAUUUAGUCAAAGUUGUGAACAACUACUUAAAAUCUGAGAGGGAUUUCCUACACCAGAAGGAGGAGGAAGCUAAUGACCCAACACAGAAGGGCAAAGAAAGUCAGCUCUUAGUCCCCCAGAUCGGUGAUGGAAAGGUGAAAUAUGGGCUAUGGGAACACUAUGACAUCAAGAAAUUAAGCAAGAAAAAGUUUAUCGAACUUAUUGACAAGAUCAAGAUUGCUAGGCUCAAGAAUAUUGUUAAGAACUAUACCUCCGUGUCUAAGCCUGGAGAAAUGAGUAGAGGUCGGGUCAGAAGAACCAUCAAGAAAUCUAGUAGCCAGAUGGGUAGCCCUCAAUUUGAUCUUCAAGAUAGCCCUAGAUGUAAAACCAUUAAGGAAUGCGAUGAUUUCCUGAAACAAGAGUUAGUGAAAUCUUAUCUAAAAUCUGAUGAAAAGUCUAUCUCUGCUGCAAACUGAAAGUUUUACUAUGACGAUCAAGCAGGAAUGCUGAAGGAGAUCCUUCUCCAUGAUAAUGACUAUAGAGCACCUGGGAUAGUUGAUUACCAGAAGUAUUAUUCGGCCAAUGAUAGAGUUACAGAGAUCCCUUUUGUUUUCGAUGAUGAAGUGCAAAUUGCUCCAAACAUUUCUAAAUAGACUUAAGAAAAAGAAGAAUAAAGCAAAUCCUCUUAGAUCAGCAGAUAGAAGCUUUCUAGAAAUGAAACAGAAUGCAAAUGAAGCUGGUUAUCAGAGAACCAUGCUACUACCUCAGUUUGAUUUCCCAAAGAAUUUAAGAUCUUCUAAACAAAGCAUUGAAAUUGUCAACCAGAAGAAUACUCACUCUACACAAGCCUUAGAAAGACUCAGAACUCCAAGAUUUAUGCUCAAUCGAAAGAGAACAAAACACGUCAAAAUUUCACAUCAAGAAAGAAUAAAGCAUAUCCAAAAAUGCUACCAAAGACUGAUAUCUGAAAGCCUUCCUUCAAUUCAAAAGAAGAAGACUUUGGACAAAGAAGAAAUGAAACUACUCCUGUCUUCUCUGUAUCCUCUGGCAGAAAAUAUUUUCAAGAGAUUCGAGCUAGGUGCUAUUCCUAGCAAACUGUCUUUCUCUAAAUUCCUAGAAUUAUUUGACUCGGUUAAAUUCCUUGCUUUGGUCAAUCCAAAAGUUACCAAGCCUAGUAAGAAGAUAGCUCCUAAGAAGAAGUUGGCUAAGUCUGCUUCUGUAGUAAGGAGAAAGUAUAAUAAGCUCAAGCAACCUGAGAAACGUCCAAGUAAUCCAAUGCUUUUAGGAGCCCAAGGUCUUACAAAGAAAAGGGAAAUCAAGGGUGUAAGGAAAUAAGAGUAGAACAAAUCUCACCCAGCCAAGAGAAACUCCGAAGAAUAGGAAGAUGGGGUUCAGAUGGAGAAAGAACCCACCUAAAAUCGAUACUCCAAAGAAACAGCAGAGAACAAGUAGCUUGUGCAAGCAGAGGUAUAUGAGAUCGAGAUUUCCAGUAAAGAGACAAUCAGUCAAAGCAAGGAGUUCUAGAAGAGAGAUAGAUCCUAAAUUUCAUUUACAGAUGCUUAUAGGGCAGGAAGAGUUACAAGAUCUGGUUAAUUAUUCAUAUCAGGAAUUGAAAGUUAGCAAGCCUAUUUUAAGGAAGCCAAGGAACCUGAGGAAUAUUAUAUAUUACCAUCCAGUUGCCUCUAGUCACUUGGGGCUUCCAAGAUAUCAAAAGUUUAGGACAAAAUCUGUUCUUUACAAAGAUGAGUUAUUAUAUUCUUCAUAUCUUAGGGCACACCACCAAGAGCUUGCUUCUCGUGGAGUAUAUUAUGGUGAUCUUUCUUACACCCAGUUAUACCAUCUCUUAUGAGUCAAAAUUACAGAAGCCCUAUACGACAUGAUUGCAGUCCAAGUGCACAAAGAUCAGAUACAAAGUGCCUUAUCUGUAAAAGAAAUUCAAGAAAUCCCUGAGAAAGACUUUCAAAACUUAGCAGCAAUGCUACUGAGAUUCGAGAAUUCCACUUCUCAGACAAAGAGAUACACCAAAAGGGACUUUGUCAGAACUAAAAACUUACAAAAGGUUAGAAAAGGUAAUAAGAAAAGUGCUAAAUCAGAAGAAAAGAUGACUGUGCUCUAUACAGAUAGUGAAAAGAACUUAUCCAAAUCAAAAACUAGCUCAAGAGGCCUUAAAGAGAUCCAGGUCCCAACAGGGCCGGUACCUAACUUCAAGGAUAAAGAUCCCAGCCUUCAAUACCUUGAUCCAGAGCAGUUACAAAUUUUAGGCUUAAUGAAAGAAGAACAAGAAGCCCAGAAGGCUAAAAGAAUCAAGAAAACCAGAAGAAUUCUUCAGGCCCAGUCUAGUGAGGAAGAGAAGUCUGAAAAGAAGCAGAAGAAGAAAUCUAAGAGCAAGAAAAAAAAGAAAAGUAAAUCCAAAUCCAAGAGUAAGAAAAAGGACAGACCUUUGAAGAAAGAAAAUGACAAAGCUCCAUACCUUCAGAACAUGACGGACAACAAACCUAAGGAAGUUGAUAUGGAUAUAGACUCCUCAUUUAACUCAAAACAAGAUUAUGCAGAGCCCCCUACUCCUAGAGUUAUACAUCGUGAAACCUCGAAUGUGAGAAAUAUAUCGCACAAGAUGGAGGACAUAGAUGACUACCUCGACAAGCUGUUUAGUGAGAACUACUAAAAGACACUUUAAUUUCAGUCGCAAAGAUAUAUUUAGG